AUGCAGCAUAACAAAAAAGACCGACAGCCAAAUACAGCUCCAUUUCACUCGGCCAGAGACUUGGAUAUUGUGCUUGAAGAGACGGUAGAUACAACAAAUUACAAUAAUGGCUACCUGGAGAACAUGCUGAACACGCCAUAUUCAAGCAACAAAUUAUUUCCUAUGGAUACCACUAAUUUAGAAACACGAGCUCCACUUCUGCCACUACGACGUGCCCGUGCGGGUACCAUGCCCUCUGUAAUAUACAUGGAUCAUCAUCACCACCAAGCACCGCUACAGCCACAGCAACCACAACUACCACCGGUCGCAUUCCCUGUGGUGACCAACAGCGCUGUAAAUAGACAUCGCUCGGGUUCUCUCACGCUGCCGGUACCAGCCACUUAUGCUGCUUGGAGACCAUCCACAGUAGAGCCAACAUCUCCCUCAACCACGGAACAGCUAUUGCAGCAGGGUGAUGAUAUUGCUCGCACGCUAAGAUCGAUUGGUUUGGAUGAUGACAAAGACGGCAGUGGCAGUUCCCCACUUUCGUCUGCAUCCAACUCAAUUGCAACACCACCGACAGGAGGAUCUCCAUCCGCCAAUUUAUUACAUCAGCAGAGAAAUACAUUAAGGAGUAGGUCGUAUUCUGUAAAUAACGCUGCUAUGUAUCAGCAGCAGCAGCAGCAGCAACAGCAGCCACAACCACAGCCACUGGGGGCAGGCUUGAGCAAUGGCUUCUCGUUGUCUGCAUCAUCUAUGGAGAACAUCUUGAUGAGUAGCAAUGGCCAUCGAGGCAUAAGCAGCAGACCAAGAGCCUCUAGUAUGGGAAAAAUGGACUAUAACACCAGCACGCCCCCUGGAUUAUCCUCUUUAUGGAAAAUGCAACUGGGCACAUUGGAAGAUGACUCCAUCUAUGAGUCCAAUGAAGAGAACAUCAUGUCACUAGAGCAGCAGCAUUCACUGUCAUUAGGUGAUUCUGAGCUACUAGCAAACAUGCUACACAUCAAUGGCGAUAGUAGCAGUACGAUGAUGGAACCAGAUAUCAAUAACAAUAAUCAUGCAGCUAUAAACACCGAAUUUGCUUCCGUAUCCAUGCCAACAACGCCAGCAGCAGUAACACGAGAGCAGCUAUCUUCAGCACAGCAGCCAUCCAAUCUAGGUGUAUCCCGGUCACUGUGGGUAGGUAAUAUAGACGCUUCAGUCACCAUGGAUAACCUCUCCAGCGCAUUCUCCAUGUACGGCCCCAUUGAAAGUGUGCGCCUGUUACUAGAAAAAGAGUGCGCUUUCAUCAACUAUUAUCAUAUCGAUGAUGCAGUGCGAGCCAAAGACGAUGUUUUAACAAACUUGGGCGGGAGAAUUGGAAACUGCAUUGUUCGCAUUGGAUACGGUAGAGCCGAAAAUGUAGUAUCGCCUAUUACAACCGCUAUUGAAACGCCAGUGGUGUCGCAGCCCACUCGAGCAUUAUGGUUAGGUAACAUGCCUCCUGGCAUCUCACAGUCUGCACUGCAAAGAACUCUCUCCUCGUUUGGUGUUAUUGAAUCUGUUCGCGUACUGUCUCAUAAAAACUGCGCAUUCAUCAACUUUGAAAAGGAAGAGAGCGCCAAAGCAGCAAGAGAUGCAUUGAUUCAAAAUGAUCCAAAUGUGAAAGAGCUUUGGGGUAUUCGCAUAGGGUUUGCCAAAGUGCCUAUCAACAGCAAAGCAGCCAACUCAUACAGCAAACUACUAUCAAAGUCAUUGUCGAAUGAGGACAUGCUGGAUGGAGAAACCAACUGGGAAUUAUGGGGCAUCAUGAAGCGAUUGGGGGCUCCUGACGCUGCCAUGGAGCUUGUCAAAUCCCUGCAAUCAUCUUCGUAUUUCGAAUCUAUACCACCUGUUCCUGAAUAUGGACUAAAAAGACGGCAUGACGCUGCCAAACUUCGAGAAAUCAGAAAACGACUAGACAGCGUUACAUCCAAAGAUGAUCACAAGGAAGCUGACUCUAUUGCUUUGGAUUGCAUGGAUGAAAUUGCAGAGAUUUGUAGUGACUAUAUCGGAAAUACAGUAGCUCAGCGGCUAUUUGAAAAGUGCUCUGAAGAUGUCAAGACCCUCAUGUUACAGGCAGUUGCUCCCCACUUGGCAGCCAUGGGAGUCCAUAAAAACGGAACAUGGGCUGCACAAAAGAUCAUUGAUUCGUUAAAUACCCAAAAACAGAUCCAAAUCGUCUGUGCACACAUUCAACCAUUUAUACCACCCUUAUUGCUAGAUCAGUAUGGUAAUUACGUUGUUCAAUGCUGUUUGAGACUGGAUGGAGAUACCCAGUUCAUAAUGAACGCAAUGGUUGAGAAAUUCUUGCAUAUUGCUCAAGGUAGAUUUGGUGCCAGAGCCAUGCGCGGUAUUCUUGAAGGCAGUUUGAUUACUAGUUCACAGCAGAUCUUCAUUGCCGCAGCACUAUUACAGAAUGCUGUUUCUUUGGCUAUCCAUGCGAACGGCGCUUUAUUGAUAUCAUGGCUCAUUGACUGCUCUACAUUAGAAAAUCGUCUGUCCCUGUUAGCAUCGCAAUUAGUACCAUGUUUGGUCCAAGUAGCAACACAUAAGCUUGGCUCUCAAAUCAUGCUCAAAUUGAUCAACCAAGAUAACGACCCUGAAGCACGCCAAUGUUUGUAUAACGCCCUCAAUAACACCGAGACCAUGACAGAGGUGCUAUCAGAUCAAGCUCGCGGAUUAAACUUUGCACUCAAAGUGAUUUCAAGCGAUUAUCUAUCAUCAGAUGAACGCACCAAGUUACGGGAAAUGGCACAUCCUAUUCUGACUCAAUGGCAAGGCACUAGCUUCAAAAAGGCUCUCUUAGAAUUCUCUCCUUCUGCCCAGUAG